GAGAAGCAUGAGGAGGAGGGGCCGCCGAGCCCGCCGAAGAAGAAGAUGCCGGUGAUGUUUUUCGAUGAGGCGCAUAAGCUGCCAGCACUGAUCCAGAGCACGGACGCGAUGCGGUGUUUGCUGGACUCGAUGCUCGUGCUCACGAAGCAGGACCGGCUGUGCCAUGUUAUCCAUGCGACGAGCGAUCCGUUCUACCAGACGUGGCUGAGGAAGCUGAAUGUCAUGCAGCACUGCAAGAUCCUUACCAUCGGAGAUUGCACAAAGGUCGAAACACGGACGUUCUUCUUUGAGCGGCUGGUGCCCCGUGUUCCGGAAGAAUUGCGACCUGGGCUCUCGUUUGAGAUCCUGUGGGACGCGUUCGGUGGGAAGUUGGCGCAUUGGCAGGACUUUAUCAACGACUAUGGUAUGGUGUCUGUCCUCGCACAUUCGCCGCUCUUUUUGACGUAG